AUGAGCGGUAGGGUCACAGUGCGCACGCAGUAUCCGUACGCAGAGGUGCCACCCACCUGCACCCAGUGCCAGCGACAGCAGUCCGCGCAGUUUCCGUCCCAGCGUGAGAGGUGCCAGACCAGCCAGCCCAGUCAAGUCCCGUACCCAGUCACCCAGUCCCAGAGUCCCCAGUUUGCCUCCUCUGUCCGACCAACCGACCGACCGACCGACCGAAUACAGCCUCAAAGUUCUUCCAUCUCAUCAUCAUCUGCCAUCCCACGCAACCCAAAAAUUUUGCGCCGCGACGCCGCAGUCGACGACAUCCAAACUUCAGUUUCGCCGCCUUCCAUCCGUGCAAGCGCGUUGCUUAUCAUUGUCGCCUGCACUCCGCUAUCGCUGUCGCAGAGCCGCGCCCCAUUCCAGGCGCGACCGAACGACGGGAAAGUGGCGCUCACCAUCCUCACCCAGACCGACGCCGAGCUUUCCCUUCAACAACACCUCGACCUCGCUCCCGAUAUCCUUAGCUACCCCCGUCUCACUAUCGAGGGGGGCACCGAACCAUUGAUGAUGGCACAACCCGUGCCUCAUCAUGCGACGGACAAGAAACGCGUCAAGGUCUAUGAGCUGCGCAACAAUGACUGGUUCGAUCGCGGCACCGGCUUCUGUACCGCUGCUUUCAUGCAGACGGCGGAUGAUCAGCGCGGAGACCCUAGAGUCAUAGUUGAAUCAGAAGACCACCCCGAUAGGCUUCUAUUGGAGACCAAAAUUUGCAAAGAGGAUGGCUUCCAGAAGCAGCAAGGCAAGUCCCACGGCAUCUCAGUGUGCGGCGCAGAUAGACUGACUCCUGAAAACAGAGACUCUCAUUGUCUGGACAGAACCCAGCAAUGGCAUCGAUAUGGCCCUCUCAUUCCAGGAGGCGGAUGGCUGUGCACUGAUAUGAAUGGCAUGGUCGCUGCCGGUAAGUCGCGUGCUAACGGGGACCGUUUUGGACGACCCCAGUCUAACGUUUUCCAUUCAGACGAUAGUCUUUCCGACGAUCUAGCCAUGGAAAUGCCCAGCACCAUCAGCCUUCCACCAGCCGAAAUCGGGAAUCUCCAGGAAAUUGAGACUAGCAUGCGCAUAAUGAGUCAGACAGUCAAUGGACGAGACGCACUGGCUAAGUGCAUCAUGGGCGAGGACUAUAUUGGCAAACUGAUUCCUUUGGUCGAAAUGGCCGAAGAUCUCGAGAGCCUAUCAGAUUUGCACCGACUUUGCAACAUCAUGAAGACCGUCAUUCUUCUCAACGACACCGCCAUAAUAGAACAUGCCGUGUCCGACGACUGCGUUCUAGGCGUCGUAGGCGCUCUCGAAUACGAUCCCGAUUUCCCGAGCCACAAAGCCAACCACCGCCACUGGCUAGAUAACCAAGGACGGUACAAGGAGGUCGUACCGAUCCAGGACGACCAGAUCAGGAGGAAAAUCCAUCAGACCUACCGACUUCAGUACUUGAAGGACGUUGUACUGGCACGCAUACUGGAUGAUCCCACUUUUUCCGUUCUCAACUCUCUGAUUUUCUUCAACCAGGUGGAUAUUGUCCAGCAUCUGCAAGGGAAUGGAGAAUUUCUUGGUGACCUUUUCGGCAUCUUCAAGAUAACGCAAACGGAUCAGAGACGGAAGAAGGAGGCUGUUCUGUUCAUUCAGCAAUGUUGCGCCAUUGCGAAGAAUCUGCAGCCGCCGGCUCGCCAAACUCUUUACAACAACUUCAUCGGUCACGGCCUGCUUCAGGUCAUCAACUUUGGCCUGCGUCACCCUGAUGUGAGCGUUCGGGUGGGCGCUACCGACGUUCUGGUAUCCCUGAUAGACCACGACCCGCACAUGAUUAGAGGCACCAUUUAUCGCCAACUUCAUGAAAGGCAACCGCCCUUGACAGAUUCGCUCAUUGAUCUGCUUUUGGUGGAAGUCGACCUUGGCGUCAAGGCACAGAUUUCAGAUGCCUUGAAGGUCCUUCUUGACCAGGGCCCUCCGCUCCAGUCGCAGGAGGCUUUCGCGAAAGCCAAUGGGGAGUUCCCAGGCCGACGGCCCCAGGCAAUGCAAGAUCCUCAGCACGCCAACCUCCUUGACAACUUCUAUGCUUCAUCAGCAAUAAGGCUCUUCAGGCCCCUCACCGAUCUUCGAGGCCGCACCAACAUGGCAUUCCCAUUGCAACAAGCCUCAAUGUUCACAUAUCUCAUCGAAAUACUUUGCUUCUUCAUCAGACAACACCAAGGGAAAUGCAGACCCUUCGUUCACCAACAAGAUCUACUUCGGCGAAUUGCCCAGCUGUUUGCCUGCCCGGAGAAGUAUCUACGACUAGUUGCCAUUCGCUUCUUCCGUAACCUAGCAGGAAUGCAAGAUGAGUUUUACGAUCGACUCAUCAUGGAACAUGGCAUCUUGGAGCCCUUGCUUGACAUGGUCUCCCAAUCUAUGCAUCGGGACAACCUCCUCAGCUCCGCUUGUGUCGAGUUUUUUGUAUUCGUUACCGGACAAGAGCACAGAAAGGCCAUGAACAAGUUCCUCGUCCAAAACUAUCGGGAACGACUGGUCGAUUUGAGUUACAUGGAAACUUUCCGCAACGUCCUAGUACUCUACGACCAGACUCAAGGCCACACCGCCGAGUUCUACACGGAAUCAGAAGAGGAUCUGGCAAGACGGACGGCCGCCAACACCAAUCAGAGGAUGAUGGAACACAUCGCCGUAGAUCAAGCCGAGGAGGAUUACUUCAACACCUCGGAUGACGAAGAUGGACCUGAGAGCAGGGCUUUUGAUAAGGUGCAGCCCACAAAUGGCUCAGCAGCGUCAACAUUAGCCUCAAAACCGCUGGUCGACUACCCUUCGGAUGAAGAGGUGGAUGAGAACGCUGAUCCUGAGGUGCUGCCAACGUCUGGCGAAAAGCAAGACGGAACGGAUGGCGCUUCCGAUACGAGCAGUGAAUCAUCCUCGGUCGCACCGCCAGAACGCCUUUCUGAGAAGAGACGGCGCGAAGAAGAUGAUGACGAUGAGCUCGGGAAGCUGAUGCAGAACAAGCGCAGGAACAGUAGUUCUGCGGGGUCGAAUGCAUCAAUGACAUCAAGUAUGGUCAGGAGAAAGAAAACCUUCGCAGAUCGGCCAAAUACAGCAGCGCCGAAAAAAAUUGCUAUCAGUAUAUCACCCUCAGUGAAGACCGGCGGGGCGGCGAGGUCGGAUGAUGAAUCCUGA